ACAAAUUCUGCAAAUACCGGUAUAGUGCUUGGAGAAAAAGAUGUCCUCCCAGAAGUGUCAACAAGCCCUAAAAGAUCUUUGUCCAACAUCAAAAUCUAUGACAGUGUAAAGCAGGUGCCCUCUUCUCCGGCUGCUGCUAUGGUUCUGGGGUUGGCAGGCCUGAUUCCGUUCGCGGCGUCGCCGUACCUUAUGAUCUCCAGCGGACAUUUCCUCCCCGACAUCGCUAUUUAUCAGACAUUCUAUGGAGCCACUAUCCUCUCUUUUCUUGGGGGCGUGAGAUGGGGGUUUACUGUUCCGUCCAAUAGUCCCCAAAAUCCUGAUAUUACUAACCUAGGUUACAGCGUUGUUCCCCAGCUGUGGGGAUGUGGGAGUCUAGUCUUGGGUCACUAUAUGGAGUGCAUUGUUGUAGCGAAUGUAGGAGUUAUGCUGGGGUUGGCAAUUACGGGAUACAUGGACUUGUCUAUGGCGGGCUAUCCUGUUUGGUUCAAGGGACUUCGUUUCUGCCUGACAGUUGGUGCUUUGCUCUCCUUAUUCUCAGUUCUUGCUUGUAAAUUUAUCCUACUGGAAAAAAUAAAAAAUAAGACUGAAUUAGAGAUUGAAGGAAAUAAUGUAGAAAGUCAGUAAUUUUCGAAAGUCUCGAGUCCACUUCGUAUAUUUGUGUUCAAUUUUAGUUCGGUAUUCAAUUUGUCUGGAGUAGCAAAUUCCAUUUAGCCCAAAAUUUUCUAAAGUUUGCGCAUGGUAUCGGAAAAAAAUGAUGGGCGUUAUUUAGAUUAUAGAACAAUUUCUUUUGCAUGUAUUUCAAAGCACAAUCCAGUUAUCUCGGCAAAUACUUCUAGUAGGUAUUGACAUCUCUUUAUUGAAACAAGAUCUUUAUGGUGGUUAUAUGUUAUUGUCUUCACCUGUGAUAUUCAAUAUUUUUAUUAAUUUCCUUUAGAUGUUGAUUGAUUUGAUUAUCAAGGAUUCCUUGAGACUAUGUUUAUGUUUACUAAAAGUCUAUGCAAUUUUGUGUAAGGUUAAUCAAGCUAUAUUUAUGUGGCUAAAUACCAAUUUAUAUCAUUCAGAAAGAGUUGACAGAUGCAGCUACAUUUUAUCUGGUCGUUUAUGAUCGAUCCUGAUGUUUGAAAAAGUAGUGUUGUACAGUUGAGAAAUGCUUUUUGUUAGUUAUUAUUUUUCAUGUCUGUUUGAGUUUCUUCGGGGUAAGUGAAUCCACAUUCAAUAAUCCAUUCCUUCUUUGAUCGCUUUAUUUUAGGUGAAACUAAUUAUUCGUGUUAUUUUGCUCAGUUUUGAAAGAUGACUAAGACUUGCGAUGCUAUCCAUAAAAGUUUUUCACGAGGCUAAUUCUUAUUAACCUUUAUUGUUGAAACUUAUUUGUGUACAUAAAAUUUCGGCUACUGAA